AUGGAUGAAAUUCCGAUUGGAGAUGUUUCUUACGAAGAUUUCGCACUACUUCUCAGCACUUUCUAUCCGAAUCCAGUAUUCCCAACUGACAGAACUGUCGAGAAACUUCUGGAAAUGGGUCGCCGUUUUCUGGUUCCAUUCGUCAUAAAAGUCACAGAACAACUUUAUCUAAUUAGCAAUAAUUCAUUAAUCGAAAAUGAAAAGAUGAUGCAGUUGGCUGACGAAUAUGGAAUGUCGAAACUUCUCGAGAAGUGUGUUCGUAAAAUAAAUACAGUAGAAGACGCGAAAAAAUUGAAGAAAUCGGAGGAAUAUAAAAAGUUAUCGGAUGCGACUAAGUCGAAAGUGUACGAACGUAUCAAGGAUUUCAUUUGGUCUUAA